CUGCACCUAGUGGUGGCAUCCUCGUUCAUAUAGCAAAAUUCAAAUGCUGUAGGUGAAGAUGAAGAGCUAGUGCUAGAGCAAGGAGAGAGGAAGGAAAGGAGAGGAAGAAAACCGCUGAAGACUAGUGUUGUUUUACUUGAAUGAACAGUGCUUAUGUAGGUGUCCUUCUGGAGAAUGCCUUCUAUUCCUUCCUGUGAAUCAAGGGCCUUUUUUUCUCUUUCUGCCUCUGAGUUCUGCCCUGCAGUUUGGCCGUCGCUUUGCCUCUCCUUUAGUGUCAUCUCCCCUUCUCUUCACUCGCUAGUUGAGAGUUCCCAUCUCCUCUGGAGAGCCUGUGGUGUGUGGUUCUGCUUGUCCAAUAGGGGGGUGUGCGUUUCUCCACAUCACUGUCCUUUUCUCUUGGAGGCUGGGAGUGAAACCUCAGCAGCACCGCCAGCCUUUGCCAGCCUGAGGAGUCGCAGCCUCCAAGUUUCUCCCAGCUCUUGCGCCUUCUUUGUGGCAUUGUAUUCUGCACAUUGGGCUGCCGGGAAGGACCAGACCGAGACAAGAUUUAGAAGAAUUCUGGAUGUCUUCCAAGCGACCAGGCUCUCCGUAUGGGGAGACAGAUGGAGAGGUAGCCAUGGUGACAAGCAGACAGAAAGUGGAAGAGGAGGAGAGUGAGAGGCUUCCAGCCUUUCACCUUCCCUUACAUGUGAGUUUUCCCAACAAGCCUCACUCUGAGGAAUUUCAGCCAGUUUCUCUGCUGACUCAAGAGACUUGUGGUCCUAGGACCCCCACUGCUCAGCACAACACAAUGGAAGUCGAUGGCAAUAAAGUUAUCUCUUCACUAGCCCCAUACAACUCAUCUACCUCACCUCAGAAGGCAGAAGAAGGCGGGCGACAGAGUGGCGAGUCCGCGUCUAGCACAGCCCUGGGCACUCCCGAGCGGCGCAAGGGCAGCCUGGCGGAUGUGGUGGACACCUUAAAGCAGAGGAAGAUGGAAGAGCUGAUCAAGAAUGAGCCGGAAGAUACCUCCAGUAUUGAGAAGCUACUCUCCAAGGACUGGAAGGACAAGCUCCUGGCGAUGGGAUCGGGGAACUUUGGAGAAAUAAAAGGGACUCCGGAGAGCCUAGCUGAGAAGGAACGCCAGCUCAUGGGAAUGAUCAAUCAGCUGACCAGCCUCCGGGAGCAACUCCUGGCUGCCCACGAUGAGCAGAAGAAGUUGGCUGCAUCUCAGAUCGAGAAACAGCGCCAGCAGAUGGAGCUGGCCAAGCAGCAGCAGGAGCAGAUCGCGAGGCAACAGCAGCAGCUUCUGCAGCAACAACACAAAAUCAACUUGCUUCAGCAACAGAUCCAGCAGGUUCAAGGUCAGCUGCCGCCAUUGAUGAUUCCCGUGUUCCCUCCUGACCAGCGGACUUUAGCAGCAGCUGCCCAACAAGGAUUCCUGCUUCCUCCUGGUUUCAGCUACAAGGCUGGGUGUAGUGACCCUUACCCUGUUCAGCUGAUCCCAACCACCAUGGCAGCUGCUGCUGCAGCGACACCAGGCCUAGGCCCACUCCAGCUGCAGCAGUUCUAUGCUGCCCAGCUAGCCGCAAUGCAGGUUUCUCCAGGAGGGAAGCUCCUAGGCCUACCCCAGGGCAACCCUGGUGCUGCCGUGUCUCCUACCAGCAUUCACACAGACAAGAGCACAAACAGCCCACCACCCAAAAGCAAGGAUGAAGUGGCCCAGCCACUGAACCUAUCAGCUAAACCCAAGACCUCUGAUGGCAAAUCACCCACAUCACCCACCUCACCCCACAUGCCAGCUCUGAGAAUAAACAGUGGGGCGGGCUCCCUCAAAGCCUCUGUCCCAGCAGCAUUAGCUAGUCCUUCUGCAAGAGUUAGCACAAUAGGUUAUUUAAAUGACCAUGAUGCUGUCACCAAGGCGAUACAAGAGGCUCGCCAGAUGAAGGAGCAGCUCAGGCGGGAGCAGCAGGCGCUGGACGGAAAGGUGGCCGUCAUGAAUAGCAUAGGUCUCAACAAUUGCCGGACGGAGAAGGAAAAAACAACACUGGAGAGUCUGACUCAGCAAUUGGCAGUUAAACAGAAUGAAGAAGGAAAAUUUAGCCAUGGAAUGAUGGAUUUCAAUAUGAGUGGAGAUUCCGACGGAAGUGCUGGCGUCUCAGAGUCAAGGAUUUACCGGGAGUCCAGGGGGCGUGGCAGCAACGAGCCACACAUAAAGAGACCGAUGAAUGCCUUCAUGGUGUGGGCGAAAGACGAACGGAGGAAAAUCCUUCAGGCCUUUCCCGACAUGCACAAUUCCAACAUCAGCAAGAUACUGGGAUCUCGCUGGAAAGCUAUGACCAACCUAGAGAAACAGCCAUAUUACGAGGAGCAGGCCCGCCUCAGCAAGCAGCACCUGGAGAAGUACCCGGACUACAAGUACAAGCCUAGGCCAAAGCGCACCUGCCUGGUGGACGGCAAGAAGCUGCGCAUCGGGGAGUACAAGGCCAUCAUGCGGAAUCGGAGGCAGGAGAUGCGGCAGUACUUCAACGUCGGGCAACAGGCACAGAUCCCCAUCGCAACUGCUGGUGUCGUGUACCCCGGUGCCAUCGCCAUGGCAGGAAUGCCAUCCCCUCACCUGCCCUCGGAGCACUCCAGUGUGUCCAGCAGCCCGGAGCCUGGCAUGCCCGUGAUCCAGAGCACUUAUGGAGCGAAGGGAGAGGAGCCUCACAUCAAAGAGGAGAUCCAGGCCGAGGACAUGAACGGAGAGAUCUACGACGAGUACGACGAGGAAGAGGAUGACCCAGAUGUGGACUACGGGAGUGACAGCGAAAACCAUAUUGCAGGACAAGCCAACUGAUGAGGGCCGACAGACUGCGGUGAGCUGAGGACGUUAGGAAGCCCUCGCGCCUCCAUCCUUCCAGUGGCCAAGCACAUUAACUUUCUCAUACACUGACUGUUAUUUUAACUGUUAGUCUUAAAUAGUUGGGACAUCAGCUGACAAAUAGACCUCAGCCUCAAAAGGCUCGGAAAGGAAAAAAAAAAUAUAUCUAUUACAAGCAAACAUCAACAGCAAGAGAUUGAAAUAAGCUAUGGGUAAAACAAAGCCAGUAACUCAGCUGCUACACCCCAGCACUGAAGUCUCACCCGUCAACUUUUUUUUUUUUUUUUAAAUAAACUUUAUGGCUGUUUGUUCUAUAACUAGAAAUCCUCACUCAGGUACACAGUGCCAACAAGUGGCUUGUGAAUGUGUUUUGUUGUUUUGUGCUACAAUUUUUAAAAAAGAAAUAAGUUCUGUUUUUGUUUUGUUCUGUUUGGGGGGGAGGUGGUUCAGGGUUUUUCCUUUUACUUUCCUUUUUUCCUUCCUUUUGAGUGUUAUCUUGCACCUGACGGAAAGAGGGAAGAUGGGUGUUUGUUCCCUCCGCCCUCUCUAUCUCUCUGCUUUAAAGAUGGAGGCCUGUGUGUGAGGGUGGGGGGAGAGAGGAAAAAAAGAGCCUGUUUUUGCCUUCCUUGCUUCUACACCAAUCGUUUUCCCUGGAGACCUCCAACCCUCGCACACAACACUACAUCUUUGAGCAAGUGCCAAAUUCAUGCUGAAGCGAUCACCAACUUCAUUUUCUAUCCCUCCUUUCUCCCAUUCCUUCCUAAGUUAGGACAGUGUUAACCUUUAGACAGUCCCUGGAAAGAGCUGAUACACCAGCAACUGGUGAGAUUGAGGUUUUUUUUUUUUUAAUGGAAACUGUAGGUGCCGUUCUCAGGUGAAAAGAGAGAGAGAGACAUAGAAAUUUAGAGAGAAAAAAAGUAUUUUCUGAUCUUGGAUUUCUGUGUGUGUGUGUGUGUGUGUGUGUGUGUGUGUGUGAUUGUGGUACAUUAGAUACAUUCCUAUUAGGGAAUAAUGUUGGGCCAUUGUGAGCAAAACCCACAUGUGGGCAUGGAAUUCCACCCCUCCUAAGCAAGUGGUCUAGAAGAGACCCUGACCUCGACUUUGCACUUCCAGUGACAAUGGAACGAAGCGCAGGGCUGAGAAAUUCUAUUUUUAAAUGUCUAGUGCUUAUUAGUAGGUGGACCUCGUGGCCCCGUGCGUGGAGCUGUGCAAGCAUGGAAGCUACCAGCCAAAUGCUUCCUGAGGCUCCUUCUCCCUGGAUAUUUGCUUUUUCUAAUGUUUGCUACUUAGUGAUUUCUGUGUAUGUGUGUUUGUUUUUCUGUUGAAACUUUGAGCAAAACGAUCAUUGUUUUGACUGAAUCUAUUUGGCCAUUUUUUCAGAAAUAUGCUAUUAGCUUAUGUCUCCAACAUUCCAUCCUUUCCUGAUGAGGAAACAGAACUGAUGAUUUUAGACGAUUUUCUUUUCAUCUCUCCACACCAUGAGGUCGGAGACUGUUUGCAUUUCACAAGUGGGCUGUCUGUGUGAUGCCCUAAGAACCAGGAUGUGGUUAACAUUCACUGUGGGGUCACAAAUGGAGCCUAGCUGAACCCAGGCACCCUUCCCAGUGCGCUCCUCCACUGCAAUCUGAAUCUGCUAAAGGUCACUCGCUGGUGCCUGCAGAGCACACUCUCCGUGCAACAGCCAGUGGUGACAGACCGCUGAUUCCAGUCACCAACCAAAGGGCCAGGACAGCAGUAGGGACUGGACAAACGCAGAGCCACCUCCUGUCGCUCACCAUCGUUUGUAUUUAAAGAUUAGACAGUGGGCAGAUGUGUUCCGGUGUUCCACCCACUCCACUGUGCCCUGCCAAACACCAUCCCUCAAGUUUGAUUUUCCCACAUGAAAAAGCUAAAAAAGAAGAAGGAAAAGAAAACUCCUUUUUGUUUUUCUCUCUCUCAGAAGUCUUGCUCUGGGGUUUUGCUUGGAGGAGCUGAUCAUACCUGCAUGUCAGAGGUUUGGUUCUAUUUUCUGUUUGUGGGUUUUGUUUUGUUUUAUGACUGUAUUUUCAUUUGAAUUGCCUCUUUUUGCUAGUGUUGUAAAAUUAUGAUAAAAUAAUAAUAGUAAUAAUAAUAAUAAUAAUUAAUAACGGUCAGCUGUUCCCAGAUUAGUAAAUUAUGUAUAAUUUAUUUUAUUUCUCCCUUUCUAUUUUAUUCCGCUCUGAUUUGGAAGUUGCUAGGUAUUUAAAACUAAUAUCUAUUUCCAGUUGGUAGACAUGCAUACACAUCUGUAUGUGUAUACACACACAUACUCAUCCAAACACUUGCUUCUCCACCCGUAACUUCCUCUGUUAACAGUCUUGGUCCCAGUAGCAUCAGUUCUGGUGUUUAAUACGAAGGGGUGAAUUAGUAGGAGGGUCGUGUUCAAUCUUAAUUAACUUAUGCUCUUUUCUCUCAUUUAGUUAUUUAAUUACCAAUUAUCUAGAGCCAAUUUUUUUUUGUUUUUGUUUGUUUUGUUUUUUGAAGCACUCUGAAUAAGAAAAAAAAAAUAGACACUUGUUUUUAUACCGUUAUAAGAUACAAUGUGAAAACAGAUUUAUAAAAAAAAAAAAAAGUUUCUCUGUGUCUGUUAACAAAUUUCUCCUGACUGACGUGGGUUCCCCACUCAUGUGUGCUGGGUUCCUGUUUCACAGCACAUUCUAGACAAGCUUGGUUUUCACUUCCUGACCUUGGGCAACAAGAAUACUUUGUUUUAGCUCCAGGUAGAUGCUACUGAAGGCAUCCAUGACUAAAACUCAACCCUACACAGCAGUGGAUCUGAGCAAACUUUCCAGUUUAGUUGAGUUUGUCUCCAUAACUGAACUCCCCAGACAAAACUACAAAGCAAGUCCAUAAUAUCAUGCCAUAUUCUGUUCAGACAUUUUCUUCAGUAGAUGUUGGCUUUGCUUUGCCCAAGAGUUUUCCCCAGGGGACAACAAACAUAAAGAUAAUUGUAUUAAUGUUUAAAGUGCAUUGAAGUCACUUGGGAAAAAAUAAAAAUAAAAGGUGCUUUGACUAGCAAUUUAACUCUGUUAACACACUGUCCUUUGGGCCUUUGAUUUGGUGAUAAUUUUUGUAAAGGAUCCUAAAACUUUAAAUUCUUUCUAUGCCUCACAUGUCCAAAUAAGAUAUGGUAGAGAAAGCAAGAUAAAAUGGAAAGAUCAAAGUUAGCAACAGCAUGCCUCCUUCCUUCUCUCCUGCUUCUCUGUUUAAGCCACUCCCAGAUUUCUGCCCCUCCCCCAUCUUCCCCUUCAUACACAUUUAUACCAACACCAAAAAGUAAUAUUGCCAAUUUCUUCUUUUUAUAUUUGUAAUCGAACCUCUAAAAAUAGUCAUGCUUGAUAUAAAUCUAAGAAAAAUAUUUACUGGAUAAAAUAGGUUAAAGUUGUUUGUAAGUUAAUGAUAAUUUGGCUAGUUAUUACAAUCAGGAAACACACACACAGUCAGUGUAUUUUCACCCAAAUUAGUCAAGUGAACUCUGGAGUUCAUUUGGUAUCUAGCUAAGACUUACCUUUGUGUAAAACCCUCCCAAUGAAUACACUUUUCAUGGUUGGAACCAAAUCUUUCCAUGGGGAAUGAAUAUUAAUUAAAGUGUAAAGUGUUCUUUAAUGCAGUCACUUCAUAUGUUUGAUUUCUAAAGUACGAUUUACCUUAGUUUGCUUCGAGGAAAUUAUCUUUACCAUUUCAUGGUGCAUUUUCAGAUCGUUUCAUAAACUGCAGAAGCUGAUGGUGUUAUCAGAACCCUCUUCUAUGUCACUUAAAAACUUCAGAGAUAACUAUACUUUCCUUCCUCUUAAAGGGUAAAUUAUUGAAUUGUAAUAACUGUAUAUUUACAAACAGGUUUAUAAAAAUAUUUGUCUAUCAAAUUAAUAGUGAAAUAAAAACUUUAUGAGAUCUGCAAGGGAAAAAAAUACAGAAUCCACUUAAAGUGGUUGAUCUAUCCCUCUGUCUCCUGGGGCACAGGCAUUUCUUUAGCUAGGUUGAUGCAGUAUUUAAUUCUGAGCUCCACAGGUUGAAGAUGACAUGCUGGGUUUCCUCCUGAUGGUGCCUGUCCUCCCCUGUGUCUGUCACUGGUCCACUAAGGCAGUAUUUAUUCAGCUCCCCGGGCUCUAAAGCACUUAGUCUUUCUAACAGCUUGGAUUUCACAAGUGAAAAAGUUUUGUUUGUAUUUUUUUUAAUGAUUUAAAAAAAUAGUAAAGAGACAAUCAAUGCCUGGAGCUUAAAACAAAGUAUGUGCAAAUUACCAUCUCACUUGAAAUUUAAUAAAAGAAAAAAUUGUGUAAAUAUAACAUAGAGUUAUAGAUUUCUAUUUUGUUCAUAACACAUAGUGUAAUAUAAGUUGUAUAUUUUCAUGUUUUUUGGUUUUAUGUUAUCAUUCAUGCCACAACAAGAAUAAAACAGGAGUUUGUGUACUCUUGGGAAAAAAAAAAUGUGGGUUCCCACCAACCUGUUUUUUUGCUUUUCUGUUUUGUUUUCAUUUUAUUUUGUUUGUUUUGCAUUCCUUUUUUCAGUAUUACUGCCGUGCAAGGCACCAAUAAAACAGCAAACGUGUUCUUUAUCUAUUA